AUGGCCACUUUGAGAUGUUGGGAAAAGGGGUCGGCAGCAAUAUCGCAUCUGUUUUCAGGCCUUACCGAUUCGGUUCUUCAAACGAUUAUCAUGCGCACUUCCGAUGCUGUUCCUCCUUUCUAUGACUCGGAGCCCAGUGCCCCGCCACCCUUUCCUUCGAUGCUCACGGACCAGCUUGAGCUAUUUGGCAAAGUCCAUCGUCCCUCGACCACACUUAUCGCUGAUGAAGUCCUGGUUCCUAAAGCUAGUAUCAUUGUUCCCAUUAUAAGGGCGUCGUCCACACCCGCCCCCGAGUCUGAACUUGCAAAGCGGUCGCUGAAGCAUUCUGAUCGCUCCUUCUCCCCAUACUCAACGAAGGUCGCUUUCACGCGUUCCGAUUCUCAAACUCCUAAGUCCUUGGAUUCAGCGAGCUCUUCGGAUUCUUUGUCAGACAGUGACUCCACGACUUCAAGCGUGAAUUUAUCAGAAGAUUCGAAGAUUCCUAAACCUGCUGGCGAACCUGGGCGCCCAGGGCGUGGAGGGUACACACUUCGUGAGGCUUUGGAUUGGAAUCCAAAGGCCUACGCGAAGUUCAAGAAAUAUAUGCACAGGCUCAUUGAAGAUCACCUUGACACGACAAAAUGUGCUUCUGCCCAAAGUGCUGCGCUCUUGAAAGUUGUGUGCGGCAAGGCUCUCCACGAAUUCCCGGACCUUGAAGAUUAUAGCAACUCAUGGCCAGCAAACGACAUGAUUAUGACACGACUGAAAUACACGUCGGGUCGCGCUAGACGAAAAGAGGGAGAGAUGGCCUUAGGCAAGAGCAAGAGCACGAGGCGUCAACCCGAGGCAUAA